AUGGCCACUGAAACUCUUCAACACCUCUCGCUCGAGGAGAAAGUAUCCUUGCUUGCAGGUGCUUCGUACUGGCGAACUGUUAGUUUGCCACAGCACAAUAUCAGACAAAUCAAGUGUAGCGAUGGCCCGAAUGGUGUCCGUGGUGAAUCAAUUCACGCCUCCACCAAGGCCACUUGCUUCCCGUGCGCAUCGUGUGUUGGUUCAACAUUCAAUCCUGAUCUUGUCUUUCAAAUCGGUCAAACACUCGGUCAGGAAUGCAAAGUAAAGAAUGCCGGCUUGCUUCUCGCUCCAACAAUCAACCUUCAUCGGUGUCCACUAGGGGGACGAAACUUCGAGGCAUACUCUGAAGACCCAACAUUAUCUGGGAUUUUGGGCGCAGCUUUUGUCAAUGGAGUCCAAUCAGAGGGUGUCUCGGCCUGUCCGAAGCAUUUUCUUGGGAACGAGUGCGAAACCAAUCGCAAGACUUCCAACAGUGUAAUAGAUGAGACGACCUUGAGAGAGCUAUAUGCUUUUUCAUUCCAAGUUCUGUUGAAGAAUUCUUCUCCAUGGGCCAUCAUGACAGCAUACAAUAAAGUCAAUGGGACAUUUAUGUCCGAGCAUGAAGACUUGAUUCAGGGACUACUAAGAAAGGAGCUCGGCUUCAAUGGAAUUGUAAUCUCCGAUUUCGAGGGCGUCUACUCUACCGCUUCUCCCAUUACCGCGGGUGUUGCACUCGAACUACCUGGACCUACGCGAUUCCGUGGAGAACAUCUCAUCAAAGCUGUGAAUGAAGGGAGGGUCUCUGAAGCCCAAAUUGACUCCCUCGCUGAAGAUGUCAUCACCUUUGCAGCAAAGGUCGGAUCCGAUGUUAAGAAUACCCCCGAGAGAGGCAUCACACCAGAGGAGACCCCGGCGGACCUCAUCCGAUCGGUGGCAGCCGAAGGUAUUGUACUUCUAAAAAAUGAAAGUAGUGGCUUGCCAAUUUCGCCGGUCUCAUCUCUUAAGAUCGGUGUCUUUGGGUCCCCUGCUUCAACACCAAUCAUUCACGGUGGCGGAAGUGCUUCGAUGACUCCGACAUACUGCAUCUCCCCUCUCGAAGCUCUUCAACGCAAAUUCAGCAAUGCGGACAUAAAGUACCACCCAGGAGUGCCUAUCUUCAAAAAGAUUCCUUCUGCAGGUCUUGAUUUGAUGACAGCCCCAAGCCUUGGAAAGCCCGGGGUUGAUUGCUAUUGGUAUAACGGUUGGGAAUUCAACGGAGAGCUUAUCUACCAUGAAAUCCUAGAGACAACACGAACUCUGGUCAUCGCCUCUCGAAUACAGAAAUUAUUGCCAAAACACUGCAACCGUAUGCACUUCGUCUUGAAACCGAAGUCCAGUGGUGUUCAUACAUUUGGCGUAACCGCAAGUGGCAGGAGCAUCAUCCGAGUCAAUGACCAAGUCAUAUUGCAGCACGAUGGAUUUACAGAUGUGCGAGUUGAGUACGUUAUGCAGCCAGGGGACUUUGAGAAGCGUGCAGCAAUCCAAAUGGAAGCGGGUGAGGAAUAUCAAGUCGUUAUUGAUACAUUCUCAACUACCGCAUCACCUCCUUCGCCGAUCUCUGCACUCGCCAGGGAAUGUGACGUUGCAAUUGUCUUCACUGCAAAUAAUAAAGAAUACGAAUCGGAGUCAUUCGACCGACAGUCUAUGGACUUAUCACCUCAGCAAAAUGAUCUGAUCAGCACUGUGGCUCGCAAUUCUCGAAAGAGCAUCAUCAUCAAUCAAACUGGAUCUCCUAUCUCAAUGCCAUGGAUUAAUGAUGUAGACGCGAUUCUUCAGUGCUGGUAUGCCGGACAGGAGGUUGGAAACGCACUAGCGGAUCUGCUAAGCGGCGAUUCCAACCCUUCAGGCAAGCUUCCAGUCACAUUUCCUGCGAGAAUAGAGGACUCUCCGUCGUUUGGCAAUUUUCCAACUGAUGCAGAUUUGCAAAUUCGAUAUGAAGAAGGGCUGAAGAUGGGAUAUCGUGCGCGUGAUUUGCCCCCUCCCUUAUUUGCUUUCGGGCACGGUUUAUCAUAUACCCAGUUCGAAGUCAAGAACUUGCAUCUCAACGCUCUAUCGGCUCAUUCAAAGGUUGAUCUCAACGCGAUGGUUACUGUCACCAACAUAGGAUUGAUUCCUGGACAUGAGGUCGUUCAAGUCUAUGUAGAUGGAGUUCUGAAGGGAUUUUCAAAGACCUUUCUGAAUCAAGGGGAAUCAAAGGAAGUACAAGUCCGCUUGGAUAAAUACGCAUUCAGUGAGUGGGAUGUCAAGAUUGGAGCUUGGGCGAUUCAAAAUCGGUCAUAUGAAGUUGAUAUUCGCCGGGACGCAAAUACAGUGCUCGACUCGAUUACAUACACAAUAGAAGAGUAUAGUACUUGGAAUGGUGUUUAG